GCGCUUAGCAUUUACGUAUACUAUAUGCUUGUUGUUUGUCAUUGGCGUGGGAAAGAUGUCUACUAACAUGACUAAUGAUGCCCAUUAUGUACCAAUUGGUUGAAUAAUAUCGACGAUUGCGAUUUGUUUGAGAGUCACGAAAAGGAAUAUUACCUUGCCUAUCGUGGACAUAAUUUUGUCAUCAGUGCUUAAUCGAUGAAGUAAUAUAUUUCCUAUCUAGAACGCAGAAGGGAACGAAGCGAUAACGAAGAGGACACCAAUUUGACUAUUUGCUCCUUAUAUACGUCUAUAUUAUCAUCGGGUAGCGAUAAAUCAUACUGCAUUGAUCGUUGGUUCACGAUGACUCUUCUCCAAACGUAUACAUAUCUUUCUUCAAGAGUGAUCUAAACUUCAAUCACGAGGAUAAACUGUGGAUAACUUAUUAUAAGACUGAACUGUUACUGGGAGAUUUAUAGGACCAGAGAUUCAAAUUAACCAAGAAGAUCGGCCCAUCGGGUGUGAUUUAUAGGCGGUUGAUAGAUGGACCGGAUAUCGUGUCAAACCAAUGACACCGAUUUGAAGAAAAUGUGAUAACGAGUGAAUUAUAAACUAUUCCUAACUACUGUUAUUUGAAUAUAUGAAUUAAUACUGAACUGAAAUACAAGUUAUUAACGGAAUUUAAUUAAGUGGGAUAUCCUAUGGUUUGAAAUAUGACUUGUACUGUAUGCCAAGGUAAUUUCUUCUCAGGUACGAGUCAAUUAUUAAGAAAAAGUCGGAAAGGGGAUACUAAGAAGGAAACAACUAAAAACAAAGUCAAUCUAGAUAUGCACUCAAGUCUGAACAGGUACUUGAGUUUUCAAAGAGUGAUUUAGCAAUGUGAUUUUGACUAGUCCGAGGAAAUUAGGAAUACUUGGAUAUUCUCUGGUUUCAAUCUUAAUUUAUUCUUGGUGAACAAGGACAAUCACUUACUUGUGGAACUACGAAUACAGAGCUACGUCACAUGUGUUAAUUGGACAGGUUUUAAUUUUCGACGUUCUUUGCAGCGAGCAGUGGGAUUGUUCAAAUCGUCUGAACUUUACAGGUUACAUAAUUGUCUAUAUUAACUGCAUAUACCCGAGUUUUAGUAGAAUAUUAUUGUCGAACACACGUGCGGAAGAUUAAUUGCUAAACACCUUGUUUAAAUAAUCGCAAUGUUUGAUUUCCUUCAAAAGUUAAUUAAUGAUGAUCUGAUUAUAUCAAGGUCGUUGCAUGUACGAUAAGGUCAACCAUGCCCAUUGAUAAUCAACCUUUAGCCUCAGACGUGAUACUCAGUACACAGGUGGCAUCCGUGGGAGAAGUUAACCAUGAUAAUACCACCGACAUUACAACAGGGUUCUCCACCAUGUCAGCCAUCACCGAAGCAGGAUCGACAGUUGACGAAACAUUCACUUUUCCACAUAUUCCUCUUGGACAGCCCGUCGUCGUAGACUUGGGAAUCGGUUUUGGUCACUUAGAAGGAAUUCAAUUCAAGAUCGCAAUUUCCCUUCUGACCAUCAUUGAAGUUUUGGUGAUUGUGACGAAUAUCAUCGUCUUGAUGACGAUACGACGACAUCGUCAGCUUCGCACGACCACGAGUAUGUACAUCAUCAGUCUAGCGAUCAGUGAUCUGUGCUGUGGGUUUGGGAUGCCUAUCGGGUUGCUCGCGAAAUAUAUCCCAGAUAUUUUCCUACAUUCCUUGUAUAUUUGCAUCAUGCCAUUCUGUGUUCUGCUGACGGUGCUAGCAUCCGCCGUUUUGAAUCUCCUCGCUGUUUCAAUAGACCGAUAUAUCGCUUUGAGGAAUCCUCUACGAUAUACCGCGAUCAUGACCAAAAAGCGUUCCAGGAUCAUCAUAAUCAGCGUGUGGAUAUUCUCCUUCAUCAUCGGUUGUUUGCCAUUUGUCUGGCAUAACAAGGAGACAUACAUACCCCACAGCAACACUGGAUAUUGUCAGUGGUACAGAGUUGUCAAAAGAGGUUACAUGAUAAUGUAUACAGUAUUAAUCUUAUCUAUCCCGAUAGUCACAAUAAUUGCACUGUACAUCCAGAUAUUUUCUAUCGCCAGGAGCCAUGCAAAGAGUAUCGAUUCCAGAGCUCGAGUCGCUGCACCUUCAAGGGCACCAGCACUACCAUCGAUUACCGAUACGUCAAAUGUGAAUACCACUGUGUCAAUCCCGCAGCAAGGAAUACUUCGCAAGAAACUCUCAGACACUGGAAGCACCUUGUCUACAUCGUCUGGAAACUUGGUAUCAAAGCUCAGUUAUGAAACUCGAGUCGCGUUCACUAUCGGUAUGAUUGUGUUAUCAUUUGUCGUCUGCUGGUUACCAUUGACAAUAUCUCUCUUGCUAGGUGUUUUGGGCGAAGGGAAAUGUAAGGUUUCGCCUGAAGUCCGCGGCUGGCUAGGUCUUCUGGCGCUCUUAAAUAGCUGUUUCGAUCCAUUCAUCUACAGCAUCAGGACAAAAGAUUUCCGACAAGCAUUUUGGGAGCUCCUCACGAAAGCAAAGUUCAGAUGUGUGAACCGAGUUUGUGUCCAGAGAACAGACGAAAAUGAUCGCGAAAACAACCGCGUAUCAGGUUACCCUAUGGUUUCCCGCGGUUCGACCGCCAAUGGCAUCUCAAUAAGUGGUGCAACUUUCAAUGUUACUAAUGGUAAUGAUGUUGGAUGUCACACGAAUCUUAAAGACGGUUCGUGUGUUGUGAAAUCGUGCGACAGCGUGAUGACACUGACAACUGAAAGAACUGAAUCCAAUCAAGAAUUGAAUGGUCAUGUCUAUUAAUUGGCAUAUUUCUCAAAUGUAUAACCACAAUUAGUAGCAAAUGUAUUCUGUAAACAGUAAACUUGGUUAAUGUGCAAAUCAGUCAAAGUACAUUCGAUGCGCAUCUUCGGGCGGCUGGUGAUCGCAAGAAGAAAACAAUUUCCAUACCAUCUUUUACUUCCCAAACAGUGUUGUAGACCUGUAUGAAAGAAGCAGGAAUACAAUUUCGUCACCUUUGAAAUGCAAAUGCUGCAAAGUUGACUUAAUUUUGUAUUCCUGAUAUGUUGGAUACAGGUAAUAUAUGUUUGACCUGAAAUAUGCAAACACUUAACAUAUCUAUUUAUUUUUAAGAGCUAAGGAACUUAUAUGGGAACUGCCUAAGCCCGAUGUUUUACACGAGUCGGUCAUAUUUAUAGAAACGUAGCCAUAUGGUGUCCAUGGUUACGAUACGUUUCAAACGAAUUACUCAAACGAAUAAUACUCAACGAAUAUUCAAAGGAAUGUAAAGCCAAUGUGAAAAAGAACAUUCUCUCUACCAACUGUUUUUUAUUACCCAUCUUGGCCAGACACAGUGAGUUGUGUAUAAUCAUUUACAUGUAAUUUAUUUGAUAAUAGGUCAUCAAUAUUAUCCAUAGUCAUUAUGAAAUGGAGAGAAAACGAGCCUAAAACCCAACUACAGUUAAUCUAAAAGAGAGCAUUAAAAUCCGAUAAAGAAGCCGAGAACUGUCAACCUAUCUUGAUUUAACCAAAGCACUUAAUGGAACCUAUGGCAUUUAUGAAUUUUUAAAACUUGCGAUCAUUAGACGGUCAUUCGAUAAUAGCUGAAUUGUUAAUUUCACCGUGAGAAUUUGUAUAUUCCCAUGUGUCAUACACAAUACAGCCAAACGAUUAAAAAGUAGUUCGGUUUUUUUUUUUGGAAUUCAUUUUAGAUGAGUGAUCCAUAUUGAAUCAAACUCUCAAGCGAGAAUGGACUUGGUAGUAAAUGAGCAUUUGAUGAUAAUAUCGUAAACGGGAAACGAGGGAGUAGUUCAAGUUCUCUAUCAUACGAUCGCUGCUGACCAAUAAGAUAAGCAUCAGUUCUAAGUUGCCUAAUUGAGAUUUGCAUGGGCAGUGUAUUGUGGGCUAAUCAUGUUAAUAUAAUAUUAGAUAAAUAUCAGGGACACAAAAUUCAAAAUUAACAGCUUCACCCAUUUCUUCUUUCAUUUGAAUUUCAUUUUUGUUUCAACACGACCUGGAUCAUCCAGAGGUUUUUUGUUUUGCGUGUUCCGGUUAUUGCAGUCAAAUUACAAAUUUUGACCUUGUAAUGGAAACAAUAUUGACCAAAGUGGGAUAGAAAUCCAUAUUAUCUAUAUAGUAAUAAAUAUAUAAUCUACAGUUAAAACCAUAGUAUGCAACGACUUUUAAAAACGUAUUGGAAUAUUGGCUAAAUAUCAGGGGCACAAAAUUCAAAAUUAAGAGUUUCACCCCGAACCCACUUCUUCUUUCAUUUGAAUUUCAAAUUUUACAAGAUGCCCUAGAUCAUUCAUACAUUGGUUUUCCUUUCAUACUAGGGUGUUCCAAUCCGGGUAUUAUAUACAAUUACAUUACAAAUUUUGACCUUGUAGUGUAAACGAUAUAGACCACAGUGAGAUCGAAAUCUAAUUCAUAAUUCUCUUAUAAUGUAUGCCUACCAGUAUUUUGUAAGGGGGGGGGGGGCAACCUCUCACCUAGAUAUUAUAUAUAUAUAUUUUAUUUCAAAUGAUUGAUUUGCAAUUAGUCGCGUAGUGAGCCAAAUAUUUUAGGGGGCACAACAUGGCAAAUGAGGCAAAAUUUCUAGUGUUCCUCUUAACUAUUUUCAGUCCACCUCCCUCUGUUUUUUCUGGUUUUUUUUUCACUCCUUCUUCUUUCGUUGUUUUAGGAAAAUAUUUUUUUCUUCUAUUUCUCUUUCUUUUUCUUGUAACAUAUUGAUAUUAAAACAAGUUGACAACUACUUAUAAUUUUAUCAAUAGGGAAACUAUAAAUUACAAGCUCUGCUGUUUAAUAGUUUGCCCUUCAUAUCCUCAUCUUAUUGAUAUAUCUGUCUCCAAUCUGAACGUUCAAUUGUAUAACAUUUAUCUUAUUUAUUAUGAAUAAUGGUGAUGUAUUGUAUUAUUUUAUUACUAAUGAUUUACUGUCUUUUGAUGGACGUUACAUUGUAUUUGAUAUUUUAUGAGAUAUGAAAAUAUACCAAACUGAAACUGAAACUAAAGUCAAUGUCGGGGGUAAUCAAAGCGAUCAAGCAUUUUUUAAAAUCUCUUUUCUUAAUAAUGUUAAUAGAAAUCUGAUAUUGUGAUAGAUUUUGCUGUACUUUUCUUUCCCCCAUCUAUUCGCCAGUAUCCAUUUUUUCAUAAUACAAAUGAGAAAAACAUAAAUACAAGAAUCAAUACUAAUAAAUCAUUAAAAAAUCAUUAUAGCAAGGGCUGACAAGAAAAGAAAGUGUGCUAUUCAUUUUUCCCCUCCACUUUUCAGAAUGUCUGAGGGUAACGGCAACGUUUCAAACAGGGGGAUGGAAAUACCCCCCCACAUGCCCCCCUCCGGUGUCGUCACUAGUAUGAUCAAUUCUAGGCCUACCUCUACAAACAAUCAACUCGCUUCAUAUUCAAAGUAAAAAUAAUCCCGUUGAUUGUCCUGUAUUAUUCAGACAUCCUUCGCUGAAAUGAAACCUAUGCUAAAAAAGAUCUCGCACUGAUAGUUAUGACUUAAUUCUAAAGACUUUUUUGUGUACUGUGUGGAUUAAUUUCCUGGUUAUUCUAUCUCCAUGUUCGAAUACCAUUCCAUGAAUAUGUAAUUGUACAAAUUCAUUGGAAUAUCAGACUGAUAUAUUCUCCAUGCACCAUGUGCACUAAAUGUUAAAAGGAAGUUAUAGUGUAACGAUCACAAUGUUUUUUGCAGAAUUAGAAUUCUCGUGUUGUAUUUUUUUAUAAACAUCUUUGACAUCUUUCGGCUAUGUCAAGCACAAGAUGGAUCUACGUUUCUGAAUCGUAACCAAUAAAUGCAACAUAUACAGUUUUAACAUUUUUGCUGCAUGUUCAGUUGUUCACCUUGGGAAUGUGUACUUCAUUUUGUAACAUGAUAUUAUCCUUAUAUAGCAUUACUAAAGUUGAGUGCAGUUUUUUAUUACAUGAAAGCUUAGUUCAUCAUGUUUAUUGAUUGUAUUAUCUGAUUAGCUACCUAAAAUAUUUGAUGUAUAGAGCUGAAAAUGUGUGUCUGAAUAAAAUAAGUAA